GUAGCAGACACAACCACCCGAUGGUUGCCGAAACGUGAGCGACCGGUAACCGCGUUCGCCUCGUUUUAAUUCGUUUCCAUGUCUUAAAAGCAUACAUCUGUCAAACUUUUGAAUUUACUCUAUAAUAAAAAUAGAAGCAAAAUAACCCAUUAUACAUAUAUCUACUUCAAUGUCUCUUUUUUGCAAUUCGAACGUUUCCUCUGUGAAAAUGCAUGUAUGCUUUUAAGAUGUGGAAACGAAUUAUUGUUAAUUCAGUCCGAAAACAAUAACUACAAAUUCAAUAAUUAAUAGUAGUGAAAUGUAAGGUCGUAAAAAUAGUAUUGAAUUUUUACAAUUUUUAAUAACUAAUAAUCUAAUAAAAUUGUGAGAAAACGAAUUUAAUCAAGGGUGGUUAUCGUUUCGUAAGUCGUACAACAAUUUUAAAUAUGUCGAGUGCAGUGACAAGUAGAAUUAUAGAAACUCGAGUGUACGAGGGCCAGAAGCCGGGUACCUCAGGACUGCGAAAAGCCGUGAAAGUUUUUAUGCAAGAACAUUAUACGGAAAAUUUCGUUCAAGCAAUACUUGAAGCACUUGGUAAUCAGUUGAUUGGUAGCACGUUAGUUGUAGGUGGUGACGGAAGAUAUUACGGCAAAGAAGCAGUUGGAAAAAUUAUCAGAAUCGCUGCGGCUAACGGAGUGAAGAAGCUAAUAGUUGGCCAGAAUGGAAUACUCUCAACUCCUGCAGUGUCCACUAUAAUAAGAAAAUACAAGACCCAAGGAGGAAUUGUUCUGACUGCAUCUCAUAAUCCUGGUGGUCCUGAUGCUGAUUUUGGAAUCAAAUUCAAUUGUGAGAAUGGUGGUCCAGCUCCGGACAAUGUGACAAAUAAAAUCCAUGAAAUUACCACACAACUGAAAAGCUAUAAAAUUGCUUCUGAUAUAAAUGUAGACAUAGAUAAGAUACAAAGCACUACUAUUCAGAUUGAUGGAAACAGCUUCAUAGUUGAUGUGAUAGACUCUGUGAAUGAUUACUUAGAGCUUAUGAAAGAUAUUUUUGAUUUCUCCAGCAUUAAGAAUCUGCUUCAAGGAAAUUUUAAGGUUCUUAUUAAUGGAAUGAAUGGAGUUACUGGGCCAUAUAUUAAAAGAAUAUUUAGCAACGAAUUAGGUGUUGAUGACUCCAGCAUUGUUAAUACAACUCCUCUUGAAGAUUUUGGAGGACACCAUCCUGAUCCCAAUUUGACUUAUGCCAAAGACUUGGUAGAUGCUAUAAGAAAUGGUCCAUAUGAUUUUGGUGCUGCUUUUGAUGGAGAUGGUGAUAGAAAUAUGAUUUUGGGCAAGAAUGCAUUCUUUGUUACCCCCUCUGAUUCAGUAGCUGUGUUGGCUGCUAACUUGAAUGCAAUACCAUAUUUUAAGAAAACUGGUGUUAAAGGCUAUGCCAGGUCUAUGCCAACAGGUGCUGCUGUGGAUAGAGUUGCUGCUAAAACUGGAAUUAAAUUCUUUGAAGUACCCACUGGCUGGAAGUAUUUUGGUAAUUUAAUGGAUGCUGGGCUUCUGUCAAUUUGUGGAGAAGAAAGUUUCGGCACUGGUUCUGAUCACAUUCGCGAGAAAGAUGGGAUAUGGGCAUGUCUUGCAUGGCUUAGUGUAAUUUCGAAUCUCGGUAAAUCUGUAGAAGAAAUAUUGUUAAGUCAUUGGCAAAUCUAUGGAAGAAACUUUUUCACUAGAUAUGAUUAUGAAAAUUGUGAAUCUGAAGGAGCGAAUAAAAUGAUGCAGUUUAUUGAAACCGAAAUCCAAAAGCCUGACUUUGUAGGUAAAACAUUUACAUCUGCAGGCAAGACAUACGUUGUUAAGUUAGCUGAUAAUUACUCCUAUGUAGAUCCUGUUGAUGGGAGCCAAGCCAAUAAACAGGGAUUACGAAUACUGUUCGAAGAUGGUUCCCGUAUAAUAUACCGUCUAUCUGGUACAGGAAGUUCUGGCGCUACUAUUCGUGUGUAUGUUGAUAGUUACGAAGAUGAUCCAACAUCUUUCAAGAAAGAUGCUCAAGAAGUUCUUAAAACAUUAGUUAAUAUUGCACUAGACUUAAGUAAAUUGCGUGAAUACACCGGACGCGAUGCACCAACCGUAAUCACGUAAUAACAAGUAAUCGUUGUUGUUAACAUUUAUGUUAUUCAAAAUAUUAUUCAAAGAAAAAUGAAAUCGUAUUAUAAUGUAUAAUACUCAAAGAACAGUAUCUACUCUACGUUUAAAUCUAUAAUUUCAAUCAUGGUUGAUUAGUUUGUUACUCGUAUCAUAUUUCAUAAUAACAUCGCAUACGUACGCACAAUUUGAAGAAGCAUAUUUAUACGAAUGAACAUUUUGUAUCAAAGAUGACUAAUUGCGUUGGUGCAAGUUGUCCGAGCGUGAAAAGUUCGUGAUGAAUUUUAUAGCAGCAUAAUUAAAUAAUGUAUGAUGAUUAAAUGUCCAGUAAUAGCAUGAAAUCAUUCAAAAGUUUAAAAAUUGGGAUGCAGCUUAUUUCGUACUUUUCUAUAAAAAUGAAAAGCUUCUAAUUUUAUUAUAAAAAUUUAAACUCUGAUAUGGUUACUAUAGUUAAUAUUUAAUCGAAUGAAAACGUAAAACAAAUUUGAUGAUUUGUGAUUCUAAGAUCAUGUGUUUUUGAGCGUGGAAGUAUUGUCUGCAGAAGGUAUCAAAGCAUACAAAAGGAUGGAAAUAAUGUUUUUCAACUAUAGUUAAUUAUUUAAUAAUUCAUUUGUCUGGUAUAUGUGAAAAGAGUUUCAAACUAAUGAAAAUGAUCUAUUCACGAAAAAGUUAUCAUAUUCUGUUCAAGUUUUUUACAAUUGUUGUAAAUAAUUAUUCAAUUCUUACUGUUAUCAUAAAGAUAAAAAACAGUGUUAUUUGAACAAAAUAUAUUCAAAGACAUA